UUAUUUUAAAGUAAUAGAUAACUGUAUUUUAAAUAUAAUAGCAAAAAGAAUUAAUUAAUUUUGAAGAAUUAGGGCGAAAACUAGUGUAGAUAGUUUUCGCUCUUGUUCAACAACCACACGCGAUUCCUCAGCAUAGCCCUUCUGUAGCGGGAGGUCACCUUCGGUGAUGCAUCUACUCGCUAUAUCUAUAUUCACAUAUCCAUGCCUGUACGCACUAUAUCUAUAUAUAUCGCUCGCUCGCGACGAGUCAUAACAUGCAUGCAAUUGCAUAUAUAUAGAUAUAGUCGCGCGUAUAUGAAUAUGAAUCAAUGCUUUUAUAUAAUUUUUGAAAUAAUUAUAGUUUUAAGAUAUUAUUUUUAACUGUUUUAAAUACAAAAUAAAUUUUAUGGAUUAUUAUUUAUAUAUAUAUAUGUAUUGAACGAAGUUUAAAAUUUGUUACUGGGAUGUAACAGUCCUCCCUCCUUAGAAUUGUUCAAUGUCCCGAUUGAACAUGAAAUUGUUUUUGGGCUGCCCUUUUCUUUAAAACGUGACGUUUCUCUCUUUUUUUUACAAAAAAAAUACUCAGUUUCUUUCACUCAUACUGUAAGGGUGCCAACCGCGAAUUUCGAUGAUUUCAUUUACGGUAAGCAAGAACAGUGCAUAGAUAGGAAGUUAUGUGAAAUUUUUUUUUUUUUUAUUAAGCAUUUAUAGUGUGCAGUGUAAUAUGAGUAGUGUUAUCGGUGAUGUCUUCAGUCUAGUGAUCUGUAUUCUCUUGAGGAUGAUUUCAUCUUCCUCAGCUGGCCAUUGUCUCAAUCCCAGCGCAAUGAUCUUCAUCUCGCGAUUUUGUCAACAUAAUCUCAUCCUUAGAUGUUGGAGUGGGAGUAAUUAUCCAUUAGUAAUUAAAUUGUCAUCAUGGAGAGUGGACGCUCAUCAGCAUCGACGGUCAACUUAGAGGAUUACUUGGCAGGUAUGCAUAUUAAAAAUUUUUUUUAAUAAUGUGGUAUUUAUUUAAUUGAUAAAAUAAUUUUGUAUAUUAAUAUCCUCUUUUUUUUUUUAUUUUCAGGUCGAGUUCCUCCACAAUGCCCGGUCUCUUUCAGGGCGUAUAUGGAGCGAGUCCUGGUGCUGUCGGUGAUUUUGAAUCACCAUUUGGUGUCCUGGCAGCACCUGGAUAAUGUUCUUAGAACGACUCCAGCGCCUGUACGCCGACGAGGGAGGCCCAGCAGGGAACUCCUUGCCGAGGUCAAUGUUAGGUUGGCCCAGGAACGAGAGUGGGAAAGGGCGCAGCGAAUCGUUGGGGCCAUCACUCAGGACAUGUCUUUGGUUUUCCAAUUUUUGAGAUCUCCAAAUCGUCUUCCUGGGUGCUUCUGUGGCAGGUGUCAAUUGCGUGUGCCCAUUCUUCCUGAAGCAGUUCUCCAUGAUGUCCAGAGGGUCUCUCCGGAAGUGGUGGACCUGUCACCCGGCCCUUCCAACUACGUUCUUCCUUCUCCUGGACCUUCUUCAUCUGGGGCUGAUUCCGUCGAAGAAGUCGAGAUGGACUUCAAGGAUGAGGUCAUCGAUGUGGAGAUGCCCUGGUUUGAAGAAGUGACAGUGGAGGAAUGUGCGGGAUCCUCUGGAGAAACUUUUAAUAUUAGGGAAAAAGACCCUCUUGAAUUGUGCGCGAAUGACACUUUUAGUUAUAGUGAUAGUGAUUAAGUGUUUAGAUGUAAGUUAUGUAUAUGUAUAUAUAUAUAUAUUUAAAAAAAAUUUUUUUUUUUUUUUUUAAUAAUAUAUUUUUAUUUUGGAAUGCGUCAUUGUUUGUAAGUGUGUUUGUGGUGAGAAUUGUAGUGUGAAUGUGUGUGUGUUUUCAAUAAAAUAUUUUUAUAUUUUUUAUAUAAAUUCUUAAUUUUAAUAUA